AUGAUGGAAACGUCGGACGCGCUGCCCACCAGCAGCAGCACUGCCACCACUACUACUACCGCGACAUCCACAUCUGCGGCAAACGUCAUUGCGUCGAACGUCAAGUCGUCGCUGCAAAUCGCGCUGCAUCCGCUCGUCAUUCUGAACAUUUCAGACCACUGGACGCGCACCCGCGCACAGCACAGCGUCGCCAACCCAUCAGUGUUUGGUGCCCUCAUUGGCACCCAGAAUGGCCGCAACUUUGAAAUCUUCAACUCGUUCGAGCUGGUCGUCCGCAACGAGCCAACGGGAUCCGGCGCGGGCCCCGAAGCCAUGCAGACGGACAACGACAGCAGCAGCAGCAGCAGCAGUGCUGCACCGACCUCUUCCGAGUGGGUGGUCGACGUCGAGUACUUUCGACGAAAACAAGAGCAAUUCAAAAAGGUCUUUGCCAACUACGAUUUCCUUGGGUGGUACUCGACUUCCAAGUCGGUCUGCGAGCUCGGCAACGAGACCCCGCUGUACCUCCAGCUCAACCCCGCGGGCACGGCGACGGCGAAAGACGUUCCUGUCUCCAUCUUCGAGUCGGUCAUUGAUAUGGUGAACGGUCAACCCCAGAUGCUCUUCAUUCCCGUGUCGUAUCGCGUGGAAAGCGGCGAGGCAGAGCGCAUCUCUGUUGAUCACGUUGCCAAGUCUUCUGGCGGCGACACUCCGAACGUCUCCAGCGUCUCCGCUCAGUUGGGCGUUCAACACAGCGCAAUUCAAAUGCUGUACCAACGAAUCGACGUCAUCCGAAACUUCUUGGUCGCGGUGCAGCAAGGUUCUGUGGAGGCAGAUCCUGCAUUGCUUCGCGAAAUUGCAUCGCUGUGCAAUCGCCUCCCCAAUUUGGAUUCGCCCGACUUGGCCGAAGAGCGUUUGCGGGAGUGCACGGACGUCAUGCUCAUUUCCUAUCUCGGAUCCGUGACAAAGGGCUGCCAGGCUCUCAACAGCGGCCCUCGAAAAAGUUUGCAGUCCUACCAGACGGGCUCUCAAAGGUGGCAGCGGCAGGCGGCUCUGCCUCGCUGA